CCCAAGAAUUUUCUAGGGCGGUUGCCGUUUGGUUUCCUAGAAAAUUUGGGCUUUUCCAGUGAUUUUCUUUCUGUGUUUUCCUUGUUUCUCCUCUUUCCUUUGCACCUUGAAAGAUGAAACCUUUCUAUGCGAUUAUGGGCUGCUAUUAUUGAUCUCUUCAAAAUUUGUUUGCUUUGCAGUUUUCACAAAGGCUGAAACUUGUGUGCUUUCCUAGAAAAUUUAGGCUAUUAAAACCUCGUUUUUCUCCUUCCCUUGAGCUUCCUAAAACCUCCUCUGUGUUGCCAUUAUUUAUCUCUUCAAGAUUUAUAAUUUUUUUUUGUAAAGAUUGAAACUUUAGUAUUAGCUACACACUGCGUUGGUACUCAAUAUAUAUCUGGGGACUUUGCUCAAUUUUGUAGAAGAUGAAGAGAGGAAAAGUUGUGAUGAAAAGGAUUGAGAACGCAGCAAGCAGACUAGUGUCCUUCUCCAAGCGUCGAAGCGGGCUGCUUAAGAAAGCUUUUGAGCUAUCUGUUCUCUGUGAUGUUGAAGUUGCAGUUAUCAUCUUCUCACAAAAAGGAACACUUUAUGAGUUCUCAAGUUCCGAAAUGGCUCUCAUGCUGUGCUUUGCUGCUGGAACAAAUCCAUUGAGGUGCAUUUUGCCUUUCUCAAACAUGUCUAUUAGGGUUUGCAAAAGCUUUGCUGCUAGGAACUAGAAACUGUUAUUCUUGUUUUCAGCCUGCCUCCAUUUCAAUUUACAUAUUAAUUAGUAGAAAUUAAAUCUCACAUUAGUUUUGUCCAUUUCUUUGUAUAUGGUGUAUGAUAUCACAUGCGAUUUAAAAACUGUAUAAAACCCUCCAAUUUUCACCAUAAAAGUUUGAGACUGCAUAAAGUGCUUAUGAAAUC